UCUAUAGUAGACAGGAAGUUGACUGUCAUCUCUGGCCCUUUCUGUGUAGGUGGAAGUAUGGAGCUGGCCAAUCAUGGUCUUAUCCUUCUGCAGCAGCUCAACGCGCAGAGGGAGUUUGGCUUCCUGUGUGACUGCACGGUCGCCAUCGGUGAUGUCUUUUUCAAAGCACACAAGGCCGUAUUGGCCGCAUUCUCGAACUACUUCAGAAUGCUAUUUAUACACCAGGACAGUGACUGUGUUCGCUUGAAGCCUGCUGACAUUCAGCCCGACAUCUUCAGCUACCUCCUCAAUCUGAUGUACACCGGAAAACUGGCGACACAGUUUAUCGACCCAGCUCGCCUUGAGCAGGGCGUCAAGUUUCUGCAUGCGUACCCUCUCAUUCAGGAGGCAAGUCUGGCUAGCCAUGUGACUCAGGUGCACCCUGAGGUCAGCCUUCCCCUGUCGUCCUCUCUUUAUGGCAUUCAGAUAUCAGACCAACAGGCCACACUCACAAACCGCCUCUCAGCGAGAACACAUCUCUCUUCGCCGUUCGACUUGGAAGGUGGAAGUUUGCUCGAUGGGAAGUGCAUUACCACAAACAAAGCUACCUCACUUGUAUCCAAGCACAGGCAAGCUCUGUCAGAAGCGGAGAUGGAAGCGUCUGUGAGCACCAGUCAGUUUGUGAGGGAAGGCGGUGAGACGGAAACAUCUGCAAGUGAGGCCCCGUCUUGCUCCCUGAGCACCAACACCAUUCUGCAUGUGAAGCCCAGCAUCAUGAGAAGAAGUUCCUCAUUUAGGAAGCAUUAUACGUGCCAUGUCUGCAGGGAUCGCUUCACCCAGCGAGGAGCCUUACGAGAGCACCUGCUUCUACACACUCAGGCUAUGCUUCCCCUGGUGUUCGAGUCAGUGACUGGAUGUGCCGCCACACCAGAGGUGGAGGAAGUUCUCCGAGGUAGCGAAGCCACUGCAGCCACUCCCAUCAUCGUGGAUGGUGCCAGUGACAGCGAGCAACAUGUGUACUCAAAAGACUCACCACACCCUGAAACAGCUAUGCCUGUCCCAACAACAACUGCAGUCAGCAUGUGCAUGGUGCAGCCCCAGGCCGACACUCCACCUCCAUCCGAUAUUGCUGAUAUUGACAACCUAGAGGGUGCGGCUGACAUGGAGCGGGAAGUGAAGCGGAGGAAAUAUGAGUGCUCCACUUGUGGCCGCAAGUUCAUCCAGAAGAGCCACUGGAGAGAGCACAUGUACAUCCAUACGGGAAAGCCGUACCGCUGCAGCGCCUGCGGCAAGAGCUUCUGUCGGGCCAACCAAGCGGCCCGGCACGUUUGCAUGAAUCUGGGCUCGGAGCCAGCGUACACCAUGGUAGACAGACAGAGCAUGGAGCUGUGCGCCGCGGACGACUCCAGCCAAAUGGAGGCGCUGUUUCUCGGCUCUUCUGGGAGACCAUACAAAUGCAAUGUGUGUGAAAUGACCUUCUCCAGCCCCAAUGAGGUGAUCAAGCACCUGUGCUUCAACCAGGGUGCGCUCUCAGUUGGAGCGGCUGGAGAAAUGGCCAUCAGUGGGUUGAACAAUGACAGCCUGGCCAAAGACGAAGGCUCGGAUUCAUCCAAUGGUGGGCCGUUGAUAACGCCUAUUAAAACUGAGGAAGUCUUUGUAGAAUAGCUUUGCAUUCAUCCACUUCAAAGUAUUGUUUUUUUUAAUGUAUUGCAUUUCAAUCGUGGGUAAAUUAUGAUCAGAAGUUAAGCUACAGAUGGAAAAUUCUGUUAUAUUGUUUCUUUUUUCUGGGGAUUUUACUUCUGGAAAGUACUGAAAAGUACUUCUACUUUCUGCUUUUUUUAACACAUAAAUUUGGUUACUAUAUUUAUAACAGAUUUACAGCAUCUUUAGUCCAGCAAGUCAAAUUCCUGCUUGAUUCUGUAUUUCUUUCAAGGAGUUUAUUAGUUACUUGAGUCAUUUAGUUUGUGUUGCAGUUAAAGCCCUUUCUUCCUGUCUAACAGCAUACAGAAAAAAGGAUGUAGUGAACUGCUGUAAUCCUGCGUUUGUCACAGUGCAGAUCAGACGUAGACCUCAUUAGGUUGGAUUGGUAACUCGAUAGAAUAUUUAAAAUAUUAAAGCCACAAAAUGAUUAGUUUUAGAGUACAGCGCACAAAUUUAUUUUGAAAAUAAAAUGAAAUUUUCUGAGCAGCUAAAUGUGGGUCUUGGUUUAGGAUGAGCAUUCACUACCUCAACCGGUUUUAAACUAACCUGCAAUUUGCAUCAAAGGGUCGAGGAUCAAAGUCAACUUUAUCUUCCAGUGCCUCCGGGAAGUGUUGCACAGAUCUCAAAGUUUUUCUUUCUCACACUGUUUCUAAUUUCUCAUUACAUGCGUUGGGUUAGCAAGAGCAAGGUGUAAUUGUAGAUAACCUUCAUGCAGUGCCAGA